AUGGCAGAGGCAAAACCUGGAUUGAGAAAGCCGGUUUUCACCAAGGUUGAACAGCUUCGACCGGGGACUAGUGGCCACACUCUGACUGUGAAGGUGGUGAAUACUAAGAUGGUGAUGCAGAAGGGUCGUCCGGAUGGUCCUCAACCGCGCCAAAUGAGAAUUGCUGAGAGUUUGGUGGGCGAUGAGACGGGGAUGAUCAUAUUUACUGCUCGAAAUGAUCAAGUGGAUCUGCUGAAAGAGGGUUCAACCAUCAUUUUGCGAAAUGCAAAAAUCGACAUGUUUAAAGGAUCAAUGAGGCUUGCUGUGGACAAAUGGGGCCGUGUCGAAGUAACAGAACCUGCUGAUUUCACUGUUAAGGAAGACAACAACCUCUCCCUUAUUGAAUAUGAACUUGUUAAUGUUGUGGAGUAA